AUGUUGUUGUUGUUCAUAAAAUCACGCGCCAAGGAGAGCAAGAAGGGCAAGAAGAAGAAGAAGAAGGGGACGGGCGGCGGAGGCGGCGCUGGGCCGUCGCGGGAGCCCGAGGAUGAGGCAGCGCUGGCGGCGGGAGAGGAGGCGGAGUUGGCGGCGGCGCUCGAGGAGAGCGCGAGGCUGGAUGCGCGAGUCGCCGAGCGGCAGGGCGCUUCGUCACCGGCGGAGGAGGCGCCGCCUGAGGGAGAAGAGGAGCCGCCGGCCGACUUCAUCUGCCCAAUCACGACCGAGGUCAUGAGCGACCCGGUGAUGGCGGCCGAUGGGCAGUCGUAUGAGCGGACGGCGAUCGAGCGCUGGCUCGCGACCAAGUCGACGAGCCCGCUGACCGGCGGCGAGCUCGAUCACCCAUACCUCACCCCCAACCACCCAUACCUCACCCCCAACAUGCUGCGCCGGAUGAUCCGGGACUGGGAGGGGGCGCGGAAGGCAGCGUGA